GUUUCGAAAGACCAAUCAACAAUGCCUUAUCAAUUGCAAGCAGAAUUUGAUCGUUGUUUUGACACAGGGCCACCAAAAGAACUAUCCAUUCUUUCUGUAUCUCUAUCCCUUCUUUUGACGCUCCUUAAUAUCCCCGGAAAUCUCCUAGUGAUAUUAGUUAUUGCAAUAAAUCCUUAUAAGAACCUCCGUACCCCUUUCAAUUACCUAAUGGCCAACUUGGCUUUCGCAGAUCUUAUUGUGGGAAUAAUCUCUGAUCCGUUCUCUGUCUAUAUUCACUGGAAGGAAGUGAAAGAUUCGGAUGUUACUAAAUUAGACUAUCAAAUAAACCACAUGUCAUAUUUCAUCUCGUGCACUGCAUCAGUCCUUAGUCUUGCUGCGCUAGCAGUGGAGCGUUACGUUGCGAUCCGAGAUCCAUAUAACUAUAGGAACAAGUACACCGGAAAAAGAAUCUUGCUUACAAUUGCCGGUAUUUGGUUUAUCUCGCUCAUCUUACCUUGGAUCUAUCUAGAAGUUGGAUUUAUAACAUAUGCCUUUAUUUUCGCGAAUUCUGCAGUUGCAGUUGCUGUUUUCAUUACUUUUUUCACCUACGGCCUUCUGCUCAGAUCUUUAAAAAACCGCUCACGGCAUACUGAAAGCGCAGGAAACGAGAAUUACCAGCUCGGUGGUAGAAAUGAGGACACUUUGUCAAGCAGAAAUGCAAACCAGCGCCGCGAAAACGCAAUGCAAAUGGAACAGAAAAUCACUAAAAUAUUCCUGGUAGUUCUUCUCGCCUUGUUAUGUUGUUAUGCUCCAUCAACCGUACUUAUUUAUGCAUUGGGGUUUUGCACGUCCUGCAGUUGUAAAACUCUUCAUUGGUUUAAAGAUCUACAGCAUCUGUUUGUGCUGGCCAACUCUAGUAUGAACUUUUUCUCUUAUGCACUCAGAUCACCAAGAUUUCUUAACGCAAUUAAAUUUAUCCUUAGAUUCAGAAGAAGAAAUGUUUCAGACACAGAUACACAUACCUAA